CAUUUGAUUAUAAACUGGUCAGGGAUCGGUCUUUUUUGCCUAUCAGAAGAGCGUGCUAUUCUGGUUGUAAGUAUUCGAUAAAAAAUGCAACAGUGUCAUCCAUUUGCCACUAUUUUAUUAAGUUUUUGUUACAAAAAUAAUUAAAGAAUUUCUCUAUAUAGCACCCAAUUGAUUUUAGGAGUUUUUUUAUGUCCGAAUAACUUUAAUUCUCUAUUAUCGUUCACACAUUGGUUCUUUCAGAAACAUGGCUAUAAGACCAUUGAAAACACGUAGGGAGGAGAAAAAACGUACGAAGAAAUUUAUUCGUCAUCAAUCGGAUAGAUACAAGAAGGUAAAGACAAACUGGAGAAAACCUAAGGGUAUCGACAAUCGUGUUCGUCGCCGCUUCAAAGGCCAAUUUUUGAUGCCCAAUGUUGGCUACGGUUCUAGUGUAAAGUCCCGUCAUGUGAUGCCUUCAGGCUUCAAGAAGUUCCUCAUUAACAAUAUUAAAGAUCUAGAAUUAUUGUUGAUGCAGAACCGAGUAUACGCUGGAGAGAUUGGUCAUGCUGUAUCAUCAAAGAAGAGGAAGGCUAUCGUUGAGAGAGCCCAACAACUGAACAUCAAAUUAACCAACGGACACGCCCGCUUACGUACCGAAGAAAAUGAAUAA